AUGACUCGUUUCAAUGGUUGUAUUGAUCUCCAUAAUGGUCAAGUAAAGCAGAUUAUAGGAGGAUCCCUCAAGGACGAUGCACCUGAAGGACUCUGCACAAACUUUGUGUCUUCAGAAUCUCCAAAGUUCUAUGCAGAAUUAUACAAGAAACACAAUGUUACACGUUGUCAUGUCAUUAAGCUCGGACCCAACAAUGAUGAUGCUGCAAAGGAAGCUCUUCAGACCUGGCCUGGAGGACUUCAGGUCGGUGGAGGGAUUACAUCGGAAAAUGCAGUCUAUUGGUUGGAUCUAGGAGCCUCAAAGGUAAUUGUGACCAGUUACCUUUUCCCUGGAGGACAUUUUGACAAGGCUCGAUUGGAAGAAAUUUCCAAAAGAGUUGGAAAGGACAGACUUGUUGUUGAUGUGAGCUGCCGUAAAAAGAACAAUAAGUGGAUUGUGGCUAUGAACAAGUGGCAGACAAUGACAGAUGUGGAAGUUAAUAAAGAAACUUUGGAUAUGCUGUCAGAAUAUUGCAGUGAAUUCUUGGUCCAUGCUGCUGAUGUUGAAGGUCUUUGUAAUGGAAUUGACGAAGAGCUUGUAAAGAAGCUUGGUGAGUGGGUCAAGAUCCCAACAACAUAUGCUGGUGGAGGAAGAACUAUUGAUGAUCUUGCUUUGGUUGACUCUCUUUCUAACGGCAAGGUUGACCUGACAUUUGGAAGUGCUUUGGACAUUUUUGGUGGUAGUGGAGUAACAUUCACCAGUUGUGUGGAGUGGAAUGAAAUGCAUCAAUAA